AUGGCGAGCAAUAACCUGCAUUUGCAUAACAGCCCCGGUGCACAGCCAACAUUUGACAACUCGUAUCAUAAAGGAUGGCCCAACUUGACCCUUUCAACAUCGGACAUUGUCAUCAAUAUUUACUCUUGGACUGUCAUGGAUGUUGAAAGGAAUUCCGAUCAUAAGUACAUCCAUUUCCUCAUUCAAGUAGACACCAGCAUUAGCAUAUUAAAAAGGAUUAAGCUUCCGGGUGGCAAGAUUAGGCAUCUGCAUCGCAUCCUCAGCGAAACUCUCAAAAGAGAAGAGACGGAGCUUAAUACGCACAAUGACCAGUAUGAUAUGAAUAUCUACACAGAUAAUGUUCUCACCACUCUCAGGUGCACAUGCGAGCGAAUUCUACCAAUCAGGACUGCCAAGAAACUGCAAGGCAUUACGUGGUGGACUAAGCAGCUGAGACAAAUGCGCCAAAGGUGCCGAGCCUUGCGUCGCCGUCUCCGAAGGGCUGGAGACGGCACAGAAACAGAAAGGUUGGUAACUGCAUUCCGACAAGCACGGGCUACAUAUAAAAAAGCAAUUCUAGAAGCCAAAAUCAACAGCUGGCGCAAUUUUUGUACCAGCAAUAGCAAUCCUUACGGAAUCCUGCAUAAAUUGGCCACGCAGAAAAUCUUCCAGCCGGCACAAGUGCCAGUGCAGCCAGGGAAUCUACCACAAACAACUGACUUAGCAGGGUCCACGACCACAGCACUGCUUGAUGCAAUCUUCCCAGCGGAUCCAGAACAGGACGACACGACGGCCCAGCGACUUUUGAGAAACGCCACAGAGACCCCAAAACGCCAGAAGAUGUCCCCAUUACAAUACAGGAAGUCACUCACAUCUUCCGCCAUCUACCACUGA